AUGCUUUGUGCGCUGAAGCUUGCGGCCCUCGCGGUCCUAAUCCAGGUCAGACUGGGAGCGGCUUAUCUUGUCGAUCCACCCACCACUGCCCCAAGUGACACCAUCCAGGACUGUACCAACUGGGCGGUUGCAACAUCUUCAGAUACCUGCAACACCCUUGCAGAUUCGGGCGGUAUCACUUUGAGUCAGCUGUACUCUUAUAAUCCCUCACUUGCCACGUCAGGUUGUCCCGUACAGGUUGGCCUGUCAUACUGCAUUGAGCAGAACUUUGGGGUUCCUCCUACCCCUACCACGACGGCGCCACCUCCACCAACGAGCUCGGCAGGCAAUGGGGUCACCACGCCAACACCAACGCAAGAUGGAAUGACCACAAACUGCAACAAGUUCCACAAGGUUGUGUCUGGAGACACUUGCGGUGCCAUUGCGAGUGCUGCCGGUAUCAGCGUCAGUGACUUCUACUCCUGGAACCCAUCUGUGAAGACCGACUGCUCUCUGCUGUUUCUGGACUAUUAUGUCUGUACGGGCAUUAUCGGAGGAAGCUCUCCCCCAACAACUACCACCCCUGGUAAUGGCAUCUCGACGCCGACACCAACUCAAGAUGGCAUGACAGGUAAUUGCAACAAGUUCUACAAGGUUAAAAGCGGGGACACUUGUGGAAGCAUUGCUUCAUCCUCGGGCAUCAGCCUGGUCAACUUCUACGCGUGGAACCCGGCCGUCAAGUCCGACUGCUCCCUCCUGUUCCUUGACUACUAUGUGUGUGUCAAUGUGAUCGGCAACACUCCGACAACUACCAAGCCCGGUAAUGGUGUGGCAACUCCGACUCCUACUCAGACAAAUAUGACAAAGAACUGCAAGACAUUCCAUCUUGUCGUCUCGGGGGAUACAUGCCAAAAGAUUGCUGACAACGCACACAUCUCCCUGGCCAAUUUCUAUUCGUGGAAUCCUGAUGUGAAGACUGAUUGCUCCCUCUUAUUCCUGGGGUACUAUGUCUGUAUUGGACUUAUCUAA